UUAAACAAUGGAUGACUUGACACUUUUGUCUUGUGUUGUUGCUGAUGGAAGAGACAACCCACCACGGGGAAAACUGUUAAUUGUAACCACUGGUGUCAACCAUCAAAUAUAUUUUACUGCUGCCGAGUCCUUAACGAUUACUAGUGUCGACAACGGGAUGUAGCCGAUGAAAUGGAGUAUGAUGAGAGACUUGCACUUUUUCGCCAAACCCGCCUCAAUCCCUUUGAUCGUGGAGAGGAAGAAGAUGGUCCCCAAGGAGGCAAAACGCCCCCACUCCACGAAGCAAGACCUGAGCUGUUCUCUGGGACCAGAACCCACAGUUCAGACCGGACCAUGGACCUCGGUCUAGCUGAGGACCACUUCUCAAGGCCCAUGGGUUCGUUUAUUGCAUCCGACAUUGAGAAGCUUAAAAUGGCCAUAGAGGAGUGUAAAAAGCUGAUCUUGGAGCUGCCAGAACACUCAGAGAGACAAAAGGACACUGUGGUGAAACUGAUCCACCUCCGUCUCAAACUGCAGGAACUUAAGGACCCAGAGGAGGAUGAACCGAAUCUGAGAGUCCUUUUGGAGCACCGCUUUUCCAAGGAAAAGAGCAAAAGUGUGAAGCAGACCUGCGACAAGUGUGGCGCCAUCAUCUGGGGCCUUAUCCAGACGUGGUACACCUGCACAGGUUGCUAUUAUCGUUGCCAUAGUAAGUGUAUGAACUUGAUCACCAAGCCCUGUGUCAGGGUAAAAGUCAGCCACCAGUCGGAGUACGAGCUCAGCAUCUGCCCGGAGAUCGGACUGGACCGACAGGACUACCGCUGUGCAGAAUGUCGUACACCUAUUUCACUGAGGGGCGUGCCCACUGAAGCCAGGCAGUGCGACUACACAGGCCAGUAUUACUGCAGCACAUGCCACUGGAACGACUCCGCCGUGGUCCCAGCUCGUGUCAUACACAACUGGGAGUUUGACCCACGCAAGGUUUGUCGCUCCUCAAUGCGUUACCUUGCUCUGAUGAUCUCACGUCCUGUGCUGAGGCUGAAAGAAAUCAACCCGCUGCUAUUCAACUUCGUGGAGGAACUGGUUGAGAUCAGGAAGCUCCGUCAAGAUAUUCUGUUGAUGAAACCCUAUUUUAUUACCUGUAAGGAGGCCAUGGAGGCUCGACUAUUGCUACAGCUUCAAGAUCGUCAGCACUUUGUGGAGAACGACGACAUGUACUCACUUCAGGAUUUGAUUGAUAUCUCCAGUGGCAGACUCAGCUGUUCCCUCACAGAGAUCCACACCACAUUUGCUAAGCACAUCAAACUAGACUGUGAGCGCUGUCAAGCCAAAGGAUUUGUGUGUGAGCUGUGUAAGGAAGGAGACAUACUGUUCCCGUUUGACAGUCACACCUCCGUCUGCUACGACUGCUCUGCUGUCUUCCACAGAGAUUGUUACUAUGACAACUCCACAACUUGUCCGCGAUGUGCCCGAAUGACUGACCGCAAGCAGGACGAGGUGCCAGAUGUGAAGGAUGCAUAACUCUGGAGAGGACCGCCUGAUGUUUCUGGAUGUUGCACUUUGCCUCGUGUUGUGCUCUACCCAAUCAACAGAAGACUAGCUUUUCGUCCUUGUCCUGGUUUGUUUUGUGCGUAUGUUAAUAUUGUAGUGUCUAUAUCUUCCUGUGCACUAAACAUGAAGCAGGGUACUUAGAAACCCAUCUGGAAAUGAAUAUAUAUAUAUAUAUUUUUAUCCAACUUUUUGAUUCAUACUGAAACUGGAUGUACUGAACACUGUGUAUGUGUUUGUGUGAGUGAGUUAUUUUGUGCGUCUGCUUGUAUAAAUGUAUAAAAUAUAGAGAAAAGCCACAUCAACAUGGGUGAUUAUGCAUGCAGGAGUUGUUGUAUAUUAACCAUUACAAUCCUCGACUUCAUUAACCUAAACUGCCAACAUCGCUGAAUAAUAAACUUUAAGGUUGCCAUAUAUGAUAAAUGGAUAAUAACUAGCUUUAAAAGACUAAUUAACAUUAGUAAUAUUAACCGGAACUUUCGCUUUAGCUUCCAGUUUUUGUUUUAUACCACAAUUUUGUGAACAGGCUAUUGUAAUUUAGGAGAGUUACCUUCUAAGCUAUCAUUUCCAAGCAGCAGUUUGUUAUGAACAACUUAAAGUGCACAAUUAGUUUACAAUAAUAAAUCCAAUAAAUAGAUUGACUAUGUGAUCAUAUUCAGAUAUUGGCAACAGGUAUAUUAGCACAGCAUGCAUCACCAGUAUAUGUUUUCUUGUAAUAAGAAUUGUAGAGCUACAAAAAAUAAUAAUAAUAUGGAAGUUAAAUGUGCUUUCCUUUAUUCAAAACUGUGAACUCAUUUCAGAUGGUUUGUUAUGCGUUUGAUCUGUUCAGUUUAGUGCAGUGAGUAGCACAUGGUUGUGAAUACUAAUGAACAUUGUGUGCCUAAGAUAGUCAGGUUACAUACAGCUGUUAUCCAAACGUCUUAUUACAUUUACCAUCAUGUUAAUGGUUUCAGUCUUAAAUGACCUAUAGCACAUGUUGUCCAGGGAUGUCAAAGAUGUUACGUGACAACUUUGAUAAUGUGUAAUUGUUGACCUCAAAUAUUUGUUUAAAAAUAAUUAAUGAUGGCUGUGUUAUCUUUCAGCAUGAUGUACUGUAUUUUUUUUUUUAAACUAAUGGAGUUGGGAAUACCCAUGCCCUGUUGUAUAACAUGUCGAGUAGUGCAUGAAUAAAGUAAUGGAUGCAUUA